AUGAGGCCGCGGCGACAGGCGGGGCGGCGGGGUCGCAGUCGGCCUCCUACUCCAACUCUCCCACCCGGGCAAGACCGACAACACCACGGCCGCAGCGGUACUUCCCGGCGGCGACACCGCCUCACAGGAGAAAGGCGCGACCAGAGAAGGGCCGGCGUCGGGAAGAGCAAGCCCUCCUCUCGCCCAAGGUUCGCCCCAAACCUACGCACUCUAAAAGGAGGAGCGGGGCGGGGGGCGUCGGCGAGACAAACCGCCAGAGGGGGUUCCCCCGCACAGCGCGUCUUCUCGAGACGGAAGUCCCGCCUCCUGGCCACGUGUAUUGGCUGCGCCUCUCCACCCCGGAAGCGGGGUCGGUUCCGUCGCCGUGUUUGCGUCCUUGCCGUUCCCGAACCGCCUCCUCGCGGGCGUGUCGCAGCUAACCGUUACCGCGAGGCGGAGUGUCUCCUCGCUGACGCGACAGUUCUCCACGUGGCUUCUGCGGAUCAGUUUCUCCCCGCCCGCCGCCAGUUCUGCGAACUCUUAAUACCGACUAUUGUUUUACCGGAGGAGCGACCACGGAAAGGGGGAUGCCUGGCCGAGGUCGGAAGUGACGAGAAACUGGAUCGUGAGAGUGGUUGCUGGAAAGGCGGCUGCAGGCCCAGGGUCCGACCCCGAUCCCGACCACGCCGCGUCCGAGUGUUCGGCCUUGUUCAGGGCUUGGCUUUUCCUCUGCAGAUGGGGCAUAAGAUCCGUCUUACAGGCUGUUUUAGCUCGGAACACAGGUGAUGUACGAAGACUGCUCACCACUACCAUCCAAUAAGUGAUAGCUCAUCAUACGCGUUGGUUCUGACUUGUAUAGAAACGAGGUUGAAGCUCAAUGGGAAGGUUGAUUUAGGGCAGCCCCGGUGGCGCAGCGGUUUGGCGCCGCCUUCGGCCCCGGGUGUGAUCCUGGAGUCCCGGGAUCGAGUCCCACAUCAGCCUCCCUGCGUGGGGCCUGCUUCUCCCUCUGCCUGUGUCUGUCUGUCUGUCUCUGUCUCUCUCUUUGUUCCAAUGAUUAAAUAAAUCUUUUUUUAAAAGGUC